AUGUCUGAGAUUGACUAUGAGAAGUUAGCUGAAAUAGAACUGCAGAAAGAUGAAGCGGAAGAUACACAGUCAGAACAGGAGGAAACAUUUAUGUCUCCACCGCUUGAAGAUCCUGAGUUAAAUAUCAAUCACCCUUACUAUGAUGUUGCGAGACAUGGCAUUAUCCAGUUAGCAGGUGAUGACAAUUCUGGAAGGAAGGUGAUUACCUUCAGUUGCUGCCGUAUGCCUCCCUCCCAUCAGCUCAAUCACACCAGAUUGCUGGAGUACUUAAAGUAUACUCUGGACCAGUAUGUAGAGAAUGAUUAUACAGUUGUCUACUUUCACUAUGGCCUGAAGAGUCUGAAUAAACCGUCUCUGAAAUGGUUACAAACAGCCUACAAAGAAUUUGACAGGAAGUAUAAGAAAAACCUUAAAGCCCUCUAUGUUGUACAUCCAACCAACUUCAUAAAAAUUCUGUGGAAUAUCUUUAAACCUCUUAUAAGCCAUAAGUUUGGGAAAAAAAUCACCUACUUGAACUAUUUAAGUGACCUGAGAGAGCAUCUCAAAUACGACCAGCUAAAUAUCCCUCAAGAAGUCAUCCGACAUGAUGAAAAUCUUCGGGGGAAACAGAAGGGAAAACUGCCACCUGUGGUUAAGGUUCCUCCACCACGGCCACCUCUACCUACCCAGCAAUUUGGAGUGAGCCUGCAAUAUAUCAAGGACAAAAAUAAAGGCGAACUAAUCCCCCCAGUAAUGAAGGACACUGUAUCCUACCUAAAAAGAAAAGGACUACAAGUAGAGGGCCUCUUCAGAAGGUCAGCCAGCAUCCAGACUAUCAAAGAUGUUCAGAAACUCUACAAUCAGGGCAAGUCUGUGAAUUUUGAUGAUUAUCAUGAUAUCCAUAUUCCUGUUUUUUUUUUCCUAAAGACUUUCCUAAGGGAACUGCCUCAGCCAUUACUAACGUUUGAGUGUUAUGAUCAUAUCCUUGGAAUCACCGGUGUGGAGAGCAGUUUACGAGUCACCAGAUGCAAGCAAAUCAUUCAAGGACUUCCUGAACACAAUUACGUUGUUCUGAAAUACCUGAUAUGCUUUCUCCAUAUGGUUUCACAGGAGAGCAUAUAUAACAGAAUGACAGCAUCCAGCCUGGCCUGUGUCUUUGGCUUGAAUUUGAUCUGGCCGUCGAAAGGAACAGCUUCCCUGAGUGCUCUGGUACCUCUGAAUCUCUUCACUGAACUGCUGAUAGAUUUCUACAUUAAUAUAUUCAACUCCCGAACAGUGCCUGGUGAGAUCUUACCUUAA